CAAAUAUUAUUCAUAUUAAACGCCAAAAGUCAAACUUUAACCCAUACCCCGUUCAAAAUUCAAACAUGAGAGGCAACUGUUGGCCAAAACUUUUAAAUUCAUUCAAAAAAGCCCGUACCCUAAUUCCAAUCGCCACCUUUACUACCACCGCCGCAAAUUCCCCCAAAAUCUCCUCAAUGGACGACUCUCCCUUAAAAACCCGCAUUUGUAUCAUCGGUAGUGGUCCCGCAGCACACACAGCCGCCAUUUAUGCCGCACGUGCAGAACUCAAACCAAUCCUUUUCGAAGGUUGGAUGGCUAACGACAUAGCUCCAGGUGGUCAACUCACGACAACAACAGACGUCGAAAAUUUCCCAGGUUUCCCUGACGGUAUUAUGGGAUCCGAUUUAAUGGAACGGUGUCGUUCUCAAUCUAUCCGUUUCGGUACAAAAAUUUUCACCGAAACGGUAAAUAAAGUUGAUUUUACUAAAACUCCUUUUAAAGUUUUUACUGAUGAUAGAACUGUGUUAGCUGAUGCUGUUGUUAUAGCUACUGGUGCUGUUGCUAAACGGCUUGAAUUUCCCGGGUCGGGUGAUGGUAAUAACGGGUUUUGGAAUAAAGGAAUAUCGGCUUGCGCCGUUUGUGACGGCGCUGCGCCGAUAUUCCGUAAUAAAGAGUUAGCUGUUAUUGGUGGUGGUGAUUCAGCUAUGGAAGAAGCUAAUUUUUUAACUAAGUAUGGUUCUAAAGUUUAUAUUAUACAUAGGAGGGGUGAAUUUAGGGCAUCUAAGAUAAUGCAGAAUAGGGCAUUGAGUAACCCGAAAAUUGAGGUGAUUUGGAAUUCUAGUGUUUUGGAAGCUUAUGGAGAGAAGGUUUUGGGUGGAUUGAAAGUGAAGAAUGUUGUUACUGGGGAGGUUUCGGAUUUGAAGGUUUCGGGGUUGUUUUUCGCGAUUGGGCAUGAACCGGCGACAAAGUUUUUGGAGAAGCAAUUGGAGUUGGAUGGUGAUGGGUAUGUUGUGACGAAACCGGGGACGACGUUGACGAGUGUUAAGGGUGUUUUUGCUGCUGGUGAUGUGCAGGAUAAGAAGUAUAGGCAAGCUGUUACUGCUGCUGGUUCAGGAUGCAUGGCAGCUUUGGAUGCUGAACACUACUUGCAAGAAAUUGGUGCCCAAGAGGGAAAGAGUGACUGAUUUCUCAAGAAAAAAAAUAGAAAUAAAAAGAGGGAAAGAGUGAUUUGAUUGCUUGGGUAUUGUUCUAUUGAAGUGGCUCUGGACCUGUGUUCCAAAAGGUCUGGAUUGCAUUGAAAUCUUUGUAUUAAGAAUUUCUUUCCUCGCUAUGAUUUAUGAUUGAAAAGAUUAUUAUUUCUAUGAAAUGAUUUGUCGAGCUAUGGUUUGUUCCUUGUAACUAAACAGUUGGAUUAAUUUGAUAUAAUUAUCAUCAGUGUUGUCGCAA